AUGGUUCAGUCGCCUAUGAUAUCAUGUCCUCUCAAACAAACCAACGAAAUCGAUUGGAUCCAGCCUCUCAAGGAUUAUAUCCGUCAGAGCUAUGGUGAAGACCCCGAGCGUUAUGGUCAGGAAUGUGCUACGCUCAACCGGUUGCGCCAGGAUAUGAGGGGCGCUGGCAAGGACAGCGCGACAGGACGAGACCUCCUCUACCGAUACUAUGGACAGCUCGAGCUCUUGGAUCUCAGGUUUCCCGUGGAUGAGAGCCACAUCAAGAUAUCGUUCACCUGGUAUGAUGCAUUCACGCACAAGCCAACCUCGCAGUAUUCUCUCGCCUUCGAGAAAGCCUCGAUCAUCUUUAAUAUCUCCGCCGUCCUUUCCUGCCAUGCAGCAAAUCAGAAUCGCGCCGACGAUACUGGCUUGAAGACUGCAUAUCACAACUUCCAAGCAUCCGCCGGCAUGUUUACCUACAUCAACGAGAACUUCCUCCAUGCCCCUUCCACUGAUCUGAACCGCGAAACCGUAAAGACACUCAUCAACAUUACACUCGCCCAAGGUCAAGAGGUGUUCCUCGAGAAGCAAAUAAUGGACCACAAGAAGGCUGGAUUCCUCGCGAAACUCGCUAGCCAGGCCUCAUAUCUCUACGCGCAGGCCAUUGAGGGGACGCAGGAGCAUGCUAAAGGCAUUUUUGAUAAGUCAUGGGCUACGCUCCUCCAGGCUAAGUCGGCACACAUGGGUUCCGUGGCGUCGUACUACCAGGCCUUAGCUGACGGUGAAGCCGGUUCGCACGGAGUAGCUGUCGCUAGGCUCCAGCUGGCGGAAAAACAUUCGACAGCUGCACUAGGCUGGGCUAAAUCGUUUCCCUCAUCAGUCUCACCGAACACAAACCUAACAUCAGAGGCUGGCCCCAAUCUUGUGGACAUCGUGAAAUUCCAUCUUGCGAACGUGCAAUCUCAACUUACUACUCUCGUCAAGGACAACGAUUUCAUCUACCAUCAACCUAUACCAAGCGAGGCGGGACUGUCUGCAGUAUCCAAGCUCCCUGCAGCGAAGGCAAUCCCCGUUAGCGAACUAUAUCAGGGUCAAGAUAUCCAGCGGAUUAUUGGCCCAGAUAUCUUCCAGAAACUUGUCCCUAUGUCAGUCACGGAGACGGCAAGCCUCUACGAUGAGGAGAAGGCGAAACUGAUACGGGCAGAAACGGAAAAGGUUGAGACGGCUAAUGGCGAGAUGGCAGCGAGCCUGGACUAUUUUAAGCUUCCUGGUAGCUUGAACAUCUUGAAAGGAGGGAUGGAUCAGGAAAUGACGGUUGAUGAAGAAUUCCAACGGUGGUGUCAAGAGCUGGCGGGCCAUGAUUCUUUCGCCAAGGCUUUCGAUGGCCUCCAAGACCGCAAGUCGGAAGUGCUAGCCACACUUGACCAAUGCGCAAAACAGCUGGACUUGGAAGAAAGCGUAUGCGAGAAAAUGCGCUCGAAAUAUGGGGCCGAUUGGAGCCAGCAGCCCAGUAGUCGAUUGAAUACAACUCUUCGCAAUGAUAUCCGGACAUACCGGGAUACGGUGCAUGAAGCCAGCGCUAGUGACUCGCAGCUUUCGGCAACCCUUCGGCAGUACGAGUCUGACUUUGACGAGAUGCGGUCUGCGGGAGAAACGGACGAGGCGGAUGUGCUUUUCCAGCGAGCAAUGAUAAAGGCUGGCUCCAAACAGGGCAAAGCUAAGAACGGUGUGACAAGCCCUUACUCAGCUGCAGAGGGCAGUCUAUUAGAUGAUGUCUAUGACGAUGGGGUUCCUUCUGUGGCCGAACAAAUUGCUCGGGUAGAGUCCAUACUGAAGAAACUGAACUUGGUAAAACGAGAGCGAGGACAGGUCUUGAAGGAUUUGAAGGACAAGGUACCUACCGUGCAUAACGAUGACAUCUCCAAUGUCUUGAUUCUUAACAAGAAGUCAAUUACAGGCCAGGAAAGUCAACUCUUCGAAGCCGAGUUGGAGAAGUUCCACCAACAUCAGUUGCGAUUGGUCCAGACCAUUCAUAAACAGGGAGCGCUGAUGAAGGAGCUGACGAAGACUUAUGGAGAUCUAUUGCAGGAUAAACGGGUGAGAGCUGAGCAGUCCAAGUAUGAGACAAUAACCCGACAACGCAAUACCGUGAUGGCGAGAUAUAAGAAGAUAUACGAUUCCUUCAACAGCUUAGGUUCAGGCAUAAAGCAGGCUCAAACCUUCUACACUGAGAUGGCUGAGACUGUCGACAGUCUCAAAAAGAACGUCGAGACAUUCAUCAACAACCGCAGGGCUGAAGGCGCCCAGCUUCUGGGCCAGAUCGAACGUGAAAAGGCGGCCGGGACGUCCGACCACGAGGAACGCGAGCGAGAAAAGUUAAGGCAGCUGAUGGAACGUCUGUCUACAGAGCCCAAGCCUCCUUCCGUUCCCCCACCCUCGUCAGUCGCCGGUCCAGCCAAAGCCAAAUCUCCGCCGCCGCCUAUCAAAGCACCGGCUUACCCGACGAAUAUCGCUCCUCCAAAGGCGUCACCACAUUUCCCUCCGGCUGUUCCACAACAGCACGGGACGCCUAUAUCUCAUUCUCCGGCCCCUUACGGCCAGUACAUGCCUCCAGGGACCGGUGUGUCCUACCUUCCUUCCCAGUCCUUCCAGCAAGGUGCUGCCGCACCACUUUCUGAGGGCUAUAACCCGAUGGCAUACCCGAUCCCCGCCUCAUCCAUGUCACCUCCUCCGAGUCAAUCAUUCUACUCCCCAACACCUACCCCGUUCUACACCAGCCCUACUCCCCCCGUGCCUUCAAGCCAAUACAUGCCGCAAGGCUACGUACCCCCUCCGCCACCUCCCCGACCCCAGCAGACCACCUACCAACCAUCCACCGGCCCAUUCCCCUCAGGACCUGGCGGGUACGCUCAGGCCAGACCAUACGGGAGCAGCCAGCACCACAAGGCUCAUUCGCAGUCGUCGCCGCAAACGGGGCUUCCCCCUUCCUCCUCAAACACCCCCGACCCUUGGGCCGGUCUAAACGCCUGGAAGUAG